AUAGAAGAGAGAGAGAGAAACAAAAGAAACUAUUUCAAAGCAAAAGCAAAAGAAAGAGAAAAAAAAAAGAAGAGCAAGAAGAUAAUAAAGAGAGGAAUUCGAGGAAGAAGCUUUUUUUUUUUUUUUCUUUCAGAGAAGAAACUGGAGCUAGGCAAGAUGAUGCAGACUGAGCAACAGCCUCAGCAGCAAAACCAGUUGAUGGUUCAAAACUCUGGGAGUCUCAGCUUUAGCAGCCACAUGUCUAAGGAAGAGGAAGAGAUCUCAAGGUCUGCACUUUCCACUUUCAGGGCCAAAGAAGAAGAGAUUGAGAGGAAGAAGAUGGAGGUUAGAGAAAAGGUUCAGCUUCAGUUAGGCCGUGUUGAAGAGGAAACAAAGCGUUUGGCCGUCAUUCGUGAGGAGCUUGAAGCACUUGCAGAUCCAAUGAGGAAGGAAGUUUCUUUGGUCAGAAAGAAGAUUGAUGUAGUUAACAAAGAAUUGAAGCCACUUGGGCAAACCUGCCAGAAAAAGGAAAGGGAGUACAAGGAAGCCCUUGAUGCAUUUAACGAAAAGAACAAGGAAAAAGUACAGCUAAUUACAAAACUGAUGGAGCUGGUGAGUGAAAGUGAGAGGUUGAGGAUGAAGAAGCUGGAGGAGCUCAGUAAGAACAUAGAUUCCAUACACUGAUAUAAUUUAGCUCUGCUUAACUGGUUAGGUUUGUGUGAUGUAUGUAAGGUUGACUUUGAUAUUUAUAAAUUCAUGUUACCGUUUCUUGUUUUGGUGUAAUGUAUGGUAACUUUGUUUGUUUCAUUAGCAUUUGAUGAACAUUCGCUGAUUUAGAAAGGGAAAUAUCCUAUAAACAGGUUUGUAACUAGAUGAAAUCCCGAUUGCAUUUUCUUCUCGGAUUUCUCAUGCUCAUCUUUUGUAACCCGUUUUGUUUUCUUUUAUGUUUAAUGUAAUUUAAAGUUCUUUUGAAAACGAAAAGGUUGGAAGGGUCUAAAUUUCCAUUCUAUAAAUUAUACGGUGUUCAUGAAAUUAAUCCACAAUACCCAUUAGCAGUUCCUUGAGAUUUCUGGUAGCAACUGCUUCAAAGAAGAUAUAUUUGCUGUUGAAAAGUGUUGAAAUUUGUAUGCAUUUACAGUUAUGGCAGUUACCUGUUGAAGAAAGUCAUCGUUCAAAAGAAACUAUUGAUGUAACGGUGAUUGUGAAUCAUAAAUUUGAUGCUUGUUAAAGUUUUCUUCCUUUAAGUUUCUUGUGAAUGAAUUCUUGGUAGAUGUUGCAGUAGCUGUAACUUUUAGGUGGUCAAUGUAGUGGUUUUCACUCUAUCUAAGAUUCUUCAGAUGGAACGUUCAUCAUCGUUUCCGAUUUAGAAUAUGGUCAAUAUUCAAUAUUCUGGCAGAUUAGUAAAUGAUUUUCAAACCCCAAUAAAUCCUUGGAACACAUCCAUCUAAGACAAGUGAAAUUUGCUCACGCGGAGAGGUGCAUGCCUUGUUCCAACUACACAAGCAGGAUUGAGUUCAAUCGAUUCAUCGGUGGGGCAGUGGGCUGUUUGUUUGUGCGACUAGGGUUCUUUGACAAUGUACAUUGCAUCAGGUUUCAAGCGUCUCCAUUCAAUUUUCAUGGAUUUGCAAACAUUUGGGGAUUUCUGAUGGAGAUUAACAUAGAAAAUCAUCCAAAUCAUUUUAGAUUCUGUUUAUAAUGUUCAAUACAUUGAAAACACUAAUCAUAUUGAUAAUCAAAUAUUGCAUUUAACAUGAAAAGAUUGUUAGAAAUUCAUUUCAAAUCUUUUGAGAACAAGCUUUACAAACAAAUGUGCAAAGUAAA